AUGGUGUUCGUGCUCACCGGAGAGCGCUGUCCCGGCGCCCGGCCGUGGGAGUAUUACGACGAUGGCGAGGACGAUGACGACCGCGAGUACAAGGUGUUCGUGUUCAAGGACGGUGCGACGCGUCACCACCACAGCUUCUCUCUCGGAGAGUACUCGUUCUCUGACGCGCCGAACCAGCUCGUCUGCCUCGCACGCACUCUGCUGAUGACCAUGUGCGACAGCGUGCACGUCUUCUCUCUGGAAGGAGAGCCCCUUCGGAAGGUGGUCCCGGCCAUCCCGCUCCAUCUCGCAGGGACUCCCACCUCGUGCGGCUUCGAGGUGCAGGACAUGUUCACCGCCAGCGGGAGGCUCUACCUGAGCGACAUGCGAAACCUGCUGGUCUACUCGUGGGACGGGGCGGAGCUCACCCUGCUGCAGAGCGCGAGCGCCAGCGAGGGAUUUGCCGCGUUCGAUAUGUCGAUCCCGAUGCAGCGCCGCGCGCGCCGCGCGAUGCGGCCUUGCGCAGAUGAGAGCCACGUAUGCUUGCUGUCCGCGCAAGGGGGGAUGGAAAACGACGCUUACUCCCUGACCGCCCAGCUGUUUGCGGUGCGCGGAAGCCGCCGCGUGGUCUGA